GUUAAUGCGCGGCUCCCGCAGUUUCCAUGGAGCUGUCAUGGUGCGCUCUCCCCUCACCUUCACUUAUCAGCAUUUCCCACCCAUCCUCCUCCCUGGAAUACGCUGCUUGCUCACCCCGAAAGGACAGCUUUCCUGCACGUUUUGGAGGAGUCCAUUUUGUCAAUCAGCCCUGGUACAUCCAUGCCCUGUACACGCUAAUCAAACCGUUCCUCAAAGACAAGACAAGGAAAAGGAUCUUUCUUCACGGUAACAACCUGAACAGCCUUCACCAGCUAAUACACCCUGAAUGCCUGCCCUCUGAAUUUGGGGGGACCCUGCCUCCCUAUGACAUGGGGACGUGGGCUCGAACGUUGCUGGGCCCCGACUACAGCGAUGAAAAUGAGUACACCCACACCUCCUACAACGCCAUGCACGUCAAGCACGCCUCCUCCAACCUGGAGAGGGAAGCCUCGCCCAAACCCAUGAAAAGGUCCCAGUCCGUGGUGGAAGCCGGCACGCUGAAACACGAAGACCAGGGGGAAAGCGAGAACACCCAACCGCUGCUGGCUCUGGACUGAGCUCUGACGUGCCCAAGAGAGAUYCGUGAGCAGAAUUCCACCGUUCCAGAACCCCACAGAGCACACCACACACAGACACACGCACGCACACACGCCUUCCGCUUGAUAACGAGUCCUUCGUGUUUCCUGACCAAGUAACAACUGUCACCAGCCAUCUGUCUGUGCGGCCGGCGCUGAGCAACAACUGACAAACUUCCACUGACACAGGAGUCUGUCCAUAUACAAAGAAUUUCAUUUCUCUUUAUUUCCUUUUUGACUGAUGACAUUAAAAUAUUGGAAAURGUGGGACUGCAUUCUCUGUUGAAAGAAAGCAGGGUGAAUCAAUAGCGUUUUUGAAGACUCCAUCAGGGAUGUUCAUUUUAUAGAAGCRAAGGUUGAAAGUGUGUUUUAAAGAAAAGGAUCUCACAUUUAAACUUUGCAGUGUAAUCAGCAAGUGUAAUCUGGGUCAGAGGGCAGAAUCAUCAGCACCCACAGACUAUUUGAGUUUUACAGAAGGAUUUUGCAUUUAAAAAACAACCCCAGUGCCAGCAUAAUGCCAUUCAACAUGACACUUUGUGACUGCCUCAUCCAUGCAGCUUGUAGGGGGUCACAKUUCAGUAUCAAGCAAAAAUUGUUCUUAACUUUUGAAGCCCUUCUAAAACCGUCAGCUAAGUGGAAUGAGCUGUGUGAGCAGCAGACAUGUACAAUUUGAAAUGCAAUUAUUUCAUUUUAACAAUGUGUUUUUCCACAGGCAACUCAGGAGCCUGUAAGACAUGUGCGUGUGCAUGUGUGUGCACGUGUGAAGGGGGGGUUCCAGGGAGACACAUUGGACAAAUUCAGCAGUGAUUAACAAUUAAAUCCACCUUGUUUCAUUGAGGUCACAACAGCAAAUGAAAGCUCUGCAGAGCCAUUUACCCCUUUCCCUCCUGCAGUCGGGGAAAAGUGUAGCCAGAAAGCUGCGCUGAUUGCAGAUGCGGGCCAUGGUUAAAAUGAAAAAGGAAAAAUUAGAAUUAAUUAUUCAGUACAGGCUAGAAGGAAUUGGUGAAGAAUAGAAGAACUGAAAUGCCAAAGAUCAGUUUGUUAUAUCUCUGUUUGCUCUAGCUGCAAAGAGAGUACCAUCCCUUCAUUGAAAUGGAAACCGGAUUAAAGAAAUAAAAGAACAAUCGUUAUCAAAUUGAAUGUUCAGUGA